AUGAACACCACACUAUGCAAAAUCUUCGUCGAGAUUGCCUUCUAUCCGCCGUUUCGGGCGGUUCAAUUCCUCUACGCAUCGCUGGCGUUCAUCACUCUAAUUCUAAUUAUCUAUUUUCUAAAAGUCGUCAUUCAGAAAUCGACGUUCCAUCCCAGUUUCAAGAUGGUGCUUCUGCCAUGCCUAGUGCUACUAUUCUAUUACAAAGACUGUAAUUUCGCGAGUUCGGUAGUCGCUUCGAUCAUAUUCGCGACAUGCGAGAAUGGGGCAUCUCGCCUCAUAUUAACAUCAUCAUUAUUCAUUUCUCUUGUCGAUUUAAUACUUGUUCUUUAA